CUGCUAAGGCUUAAUAGUGACGUGGUGGAUAAAACUCGUUAAUCUGCAUAUCUAGCUAUUAGUAUCUAGUCACAUCUGACUAAACUCACAGAUCGUCAUCCUUGCAUUUAUUUCAAUGAUAAUUAGGACACUGGCAGCUGAACGGCGACAAUAGAAGAUCCAAAAAAACCGCAAAUAGUCGCCUAGGAUCGAAAUGGAUUUUCCCUCUCCCAAGCUACAGCCAAAGUAACGAUCAUUCGAACGCUUCGGGGUGAAUUCUGAUUGAAGGGAAAAAUCUUCCGCUAUUUUGGGAAGAAAUAGAAAAAAAUCGUCCGCUUUCUCGCCAAGUUUGGAGAUUUUCGAUCGAUCGCUGGUUGCAUGCGCUAGUUGAGUGUCAAUUAUGGCUUACAGUAGUAGCUGGAAACGAAUGAAAAAAGUGUUUUCGUGGGGAAAGAAGAAUCGGAAUUCUCAGCCACCACCUCCCACACCUUAUAACGACGAACUUACAUCAUCACCAGGUAAUAUGCCUGUUUUUUCUUCACCGCAAAACAAAACUGUUCUAAUAUUUGCUCUAGCUUCUAGGCUUUUAGUUUACUUACGUUAUUGCAUUACCGAAAUCUAGCUCUAUGACAGAUUUUGAAAUCACAAGGCCUUCUGGUUUCGUGGUUAAUUUUUUUGGUCAGUUUGAAAUCCUCUUUUGGUCAGGCAACCAGUUGAUUUUGCAGGAGUUGCACUCAAAAUUGCCCCUUGUCUUUAUCAAGAUAAAGGCCUACAAAAACAACGAUGGUUUUAUAUACCAAGUACACUGAACCUAGAUACAUGCUCAAAUUUUAGAAGACUGAAUUAUCCACAGCCCACAGGCUGAAAUAUAUAUAUAUAUAUAUAUAUAUAUAUAUAUAUUUUUUUUUUUAAGCGAAUAUUGCUGUCAAAAUGUCGUUAUUUUCAAUUCAACGUUCUUAUUUUCUCGAGUUUUUUAAAAGAAAAGACAAACAUGUUUCCUGCGGUGUUGAAAACUUUAAGAUAUUAAUUCUAUGGAGUAGACAAAAAUUCUACUUGAAGUCUUAAUGUCGUUUGAAGCAGCCGGCCAUUUUGGCUUGUAUAUGUCUAAUGUGCACAAGGCCGAUUCCGUUGGUAAACAUGACAGAUAUAUUAAUUUAAGGCCACGCACAGCCAAGCGUAGACAGUUUAUUCUGUUGUUUUAGUGAAAGCAUAUUUUAUUCCUACAGUGUAUAAUGUAGUGGUGACUCUGUGGUCGUUCAUUUGGCUGUUCUGCGCGCCUCAAAAUUUUUGUUGAGAAUAUUGAGAUUAAAAAGCGACGCACGAACAAAUUUUUAGUGAAUUUUGACUUAAAAGAUUGUCUUCUGACUAUUAUAACCCUGAAAUAUAAACACAUUCAAUUCUUCAAGAAAUACAAUGUUUUCGUUACGUUUCUGUCGGUGGUUUGAGGUUUAAAAGAGAUCAGCUGCGUAAGAGAGUUUAGACUUAAACUUAAAAGUCCAGCUGCGGUACUUUUAAGCGAUACAAGUCACAAAAAUGGUAUAUGGACUUUAAGAAUAUAAUUAAGUCAAAUGGUCGAAAAUUCGACCGCUUACGCCCAGUGAGGUCUUUGUUAGAUGGUGAUAGUAGAGUGAAAAAACCGUACUUUAGAAUUUUUAUUGAUAAAGGACCUGAUUUCGCUUACAAAAAGACAAAUUCUGUUCCGCAAAUGAAAUUAUGUAGCAGAUCAUUUACCCGCCUCAGAAAAAAAAAACAUUUAACAGCGUCGUCCAUUCCUUUUAUAACCUAUAGUCGCGUAUUUGGUUAAUAAAUUCUCUCGUCAAAAUUGACAAGCAGGACAAUUAUUCUGACAAGUCAUCUUUAGAUUUCAAACGGAAUAUUUUUUAUUAUAAGUCGUUGGGCUGUAAUUUGCAUUAAAGUUUCUUUUGAAAUUUUUUUUUGACAGCCUGCCGCGGGCCGCCUCGCCGCUCACGUCUUUUAAAUGUUGAUAAGGUCACUUUCAUUCCGCUAAAACGUUUGCGGCAUGUUCAUUUCGAUUCUGUUACUGAAUCGGAACCAUACUUCGAGAAAGGCUUCCAUCGAUAUAUUAAAUCUAACCUCAUAGACAAUAUAUUUCGAUGCGAGCAAUUUCACCGACAAUAGGUCCUUAAAGAGAACAAUUUACAUCUUGAAAAUGUCGAGAUUAAAAUUCAGACAGAACUCUUGCGGUAACCAUUGGUAACCGCGGAAUUUAGCCGUGAGUGAACUGAAAGAGAUUCAAAACAAUGGAGAUUAAAGUGGCCUAUCUGGCCUGUUUUGAAUACAAAAAAAUUCAACACGUAAGAGUUCGGAAGGCGAUAAUUUGAAAUAUGUGCUAAAGACUCACGCCAUUGACUGAAAAUUAUUGUUCUUUGGAUAAUACAUUAUCUUGAAAUAUUGUUCGACAUAAGAACAUAUUUGCCAGCAAAGAUAAACUGAAUUUGGCAUUUUAUUGGUAAAAUGAGCAAGGGUAAUGUUUUGUGCUACCAAGGAAACCCAUUUCAAAGUAAACAAACUGCAGUCGAAGAAGAUGAUUGGCUAUUUUGUAAAACCCACUGAUCUCAUUGGCUACCAGCAAAGGCUGCCUUGUCUUGAAUGACGUUUACCGCCAAAGCUACACGCAGGCGCAUUGACUGCGUAACUAGGAUCUUUCCGCAAUUGAACUUUAAGCUCACAACAGCGCCAGCUCGUAAGUGAUAUGAGGGUUAAUGUGUAAAGCUUGAAAACAGAUCGUUGUGUUUGAUGUGGAAGUAUUAUUUUGGGAAAUUUGGAUAUGGAAAUGGAAUUGGAAAUACCCGGUGGUUUGACGGAUUUGCUGCAAGAGUUUACUUACCAAGUUUUGUCAGAGAAGCCUGACGAUAUCGUUGAGUUUGCAGCCAAUUACUUCAUGAAACUUAAAAUAAAAGAGAAGCGCUCAAAGGACGGAACGAAAAAGAAGUCGAAAGGUGUCAGCUUUCAUGCUGAAGAGAACGGUGGUGACAAUUCUGACGACGAGGACGACGAAGAAGAUAUAGGUAUAUACUGUGUAGAAGUCAAUCAAUCAUCAUUUUGAUCAAGCGAGCUAUCUGACAACGAAGUCCCGAAACUCCGGAAGGAUUUCAAGAACUCUCCAGGCGUUUAUUUCAUCAGCUCAUUGCUCUUUUUGUUAAUAUGACUUUUGUCUCAUUAGUUAUGGCAUGAUUGUCAGGUGAAAGAGUUAUCUUUGUUUACAACCUGUGGUUUGUACGUGCUGUAGUUUAACUCAAUGCACAGCGACUACCUUUUUAUGCUUUUAUUUUCAUUGUCACCAAUGAAAUAAAAAAAUGGGAAAUAAAACUAUGUGUGGCGUUGUUCUCUUACCUCUGUAAUUGAUGAGAUUGUUUUGAAUAUAUUUCAGAGCCCCCAAAAAACCGAUAUGCAAGACGCCAGUCUGGUAAGUUACACACGUCGUUAAUUUUAUUCCGUUGUUUAUUUCAGUAUUCAAUCCAUUUCUCAAAUGCCAUGCCAAGUUUUAUUUUCGGGUUGCUCCGUAACGCAUUAAGCGGUUAAUAAGUGAAAUUAGCUCCGUAGGUUUGUGUUCUCUUGAUCUAAUAUCAGUGUAAAAAUUGUGAUGAACUUUGUUAUUUGAUUAUGAAAUAUGAGAUGGAGUACGAGAGAGUUCGUUGGCGCAAAACGCAAUUUACGUUUCAAAUAAGACAUUUCGCGCACAUUUUUAAUCUAUCGCUGUAAUUUUUUUCAGUUUGUGCCGAACCAUUAAACCCUGAUUCGGACGACGAAGGCGAUGAGAACCCGGUUAGUAUCAAAGAGCUAAAUCGAUUAUCAUUUCACGUUUGGUUUUGGCUAAGUCCCUAUUUGUUUGUACAUUGGAUGCAGAGAAAUCUGCAUUAUUUUGCUUAAAUUAAUCCUUCUUUUGUUUAAAGUUAGUUCAGGCGAUUUUAUUUGCAAACAGUUGCUCGCUGGAGAUAACUUAAUUUUAAAUAAAGCCUUCUUUAUCUUCGUACUAAAGCGCAUUUGUCUGAAGUCAAAACACAGAAGCCAUCUUGUGUUUGCAGUAUAUUUGUUUAAAGAGCGUAGCAAAGUAAUUUUGGUCAGUUUCCUGUCCAUGUUUUUUCUUGUAUUGUGCAUCUGUCACCCAGCAUAAUCGUACUGAGAGCUAUUAGCAUGAAAAUUCAAGCAUUAUUUGAAAUGUGAUAUGUUGUCCUAGUGAUAAAAAAAUAUUCAAGUUCAUAAGUGUAUCUUGUAUCAUUGCAAUAUAUGCUAUCUUAAUCUUGUUGCUUAUGGUUGUGCGGAAAAUUUUUUUUAAAUCGAUUUGCACCCAGGGGAAAAAUUGUUCAUAAACAUGAGAGAUAUUUAAGAUAGUGUCCUGCUGGGCUAUAAUUAAAUGCCUGCUACCAUCAGGUGCUUUCCGAAUGAUGCUAAUCGAUAAAGUUAAAUAUUGCUCCUGGGUUAUAUUUUUAAAACCUAGAUUGAAUCUUUUUUUCCUUUGGAGAUUAUAUAAGGUAUUUUAAGCAUAGUUAGAGCCAUGGACAUGCUUGUAUUUUGCGAUUUAUAAAUAUUAGUGGUGUUUUGAGAGUUUUUGUAACUGCUCAAGCUGUAGGUGAGUUAAUUUGCAAAUCUGUCAAACAUCACAAGUGAUCCUUAAUUACAAAAUGCAUGAGCAGUUCAUGCAUUUUUAAGAUUAAACCUUGUGAUAAUAACAAUCUUUUUUGUAAUUUUAAUGAGAAAAUAAAAUUAUGAUUAUGAUUUUAAACUCAUUUUUAAUUUCAUGUCGGUGUCCUGGUUUUUUUUUUGGUGUGUGUGGCAACACCAAGAUUUGAUGAAAAAAAUUGAGAUAAAAGCAAAAAACUUAAAACCAUCUUGGGGUAUAGUGUUAAAAAAUAUCUUAAGUUGUCUUAAAAAAUGAAUACUUUAUGACGUUUGGAUAAUGUUAUUGUUAAGUCAAGAAAUAAUAUGAAGGGUGCAUUUAAAUAUAGAAAGAAAUGACAAUCCUAUAGAGUUAUGAAAACAAUAGUAAAGACUAAAACAAUGAUAAAAUACAUGUGUUAAGGAGGAGAACAAAAUGAUGUAACAACAGAGGGAUAAAUAUGCCCAUAGAAUUUUGAAAUUUCCAUUAUAUGUUUCUUGUCAUUUGACUUACCAUAUGUAAACACAUUUUACAAAAUAUUUUAAUAUAUAGAGGAACUGUCUAUCAUCAAGAUCACAAAGUGAUAUUUAUUUGUCAGCAAAAAUUCUGUUUUUACACAUGGUAAAAUGUUUUUAUCAUAUGACUUACCAUAUGUAAACAUGUUUUACAAAAUAUUUUCAUAUACAAAGGAGCUGUCUAUCAUCAAGAUCACAAAAUAAUAUUUACUAGACAGCAAAAAUUCUUUUUUUUUUUUUUGCAUCAUGGUAAAAUUUUUUUAUCAUGCUGGUCUUGAAAUCAAUCUUACUUUGUUUACAGAUUGUCUAUCCAAAAACUGACGACCAAAGGAAACGUCUAAAUGAUGCAGUCAGGAAUAUUUUACUCUUCAAGAAUGUAGCUCCUGUAAGUUUUUGAUGGUCUGAGUAUGGUUUAUUUGAAGUUAACCUCUCAGUUUGUUUUGUUUUGAUGUUUCUCUUGUACUGUUUAAUUUUAAAAGAGAUUUUUGCCUCUAUAGGGAAAAAAAAGGGGGGAGGAGGGAGGGGGGGUUUGGUGGCAGAACACACUAGUACAAAUUUGACAAAAAAAAGAGAUUGUUAUAAACUUUCAGACAAGAAAAAUAUUAAAAAAUUCACAAUCCAGCAAAAGUAGCCAGGUAAGCACAAAGCUGUAGGAGUGCAGAACUUGCACAACUUUUUCCAGACUGGGUUACCUUAUCCUCUCCUAUCUUACACACAUAAGCUUUCAUUAUUGUUUCUAUGGUAUUUUGUGAGUGGAACUGGAUAGGUCUUGUAAUAAAUUUAAUUAUUCCCAUCUGCUAGUGUUGUAAUUGUCCAGGGUAACUCUUAACUUAACAUUACCCAAACUGUUGUCAUAUCAGUCAAAAACAGCAUGCCCUGUAACUGUUCAGAGAUUAGAUAAGUGAAUGAAUGAAUGAAAAUUAUGAAUUUUUACUUCAAAAUUCAACUAAAUUCAUUGCUUGAUAUUCUGCAAAUCAAAGUCAUCUAGUGAACACAUAACCUGAAAUUUUCCUUAACUCUUUUUCAGGAGCAACUAAAUGAGGUUCUUGAUGCAAUGUUUGAGCGAAAAGUGCAACCAGGAGAUCAUGUUAUAGACCAGGGAGAUGAUGGUGACAAUUUUUAUGUCAUAGACAAGUAGGUGUUGCAUUCUAAAUGCUCAGUUUUUCAUAGAAAAUUGUUGGAGAAAUAUUAGUAUAAUUAACUCUCAUGAGUGACCAAGACAGAAUUUCUCCUUACAGUAUUAAUACAAUAUUGAGCAGAGAUGAGAAUAAAGAAAAAUAUCAGUUAGGGGAUUUUAAUUUGAUCUAAUACCAAAUUCUCCAAACUAACAUCUGAAGAACUGUAUGGCACAUAGUUAGGAGAAUUACUAAUGAGAUCUUGGGAGUUCAAGGGUUCAAUACUACCUUACCUUUCUAUAGUGCUCAUUUUUAUCAAAUUUUAUCGAAAAUACUGAAGAAGUCUUAGUUUGCUAAACCCUAGAUAAACAUUUUGUACGGUAAUGACAAGUAAAAUUUGUUAAACAAUCAGGAUCUUCUUGAAAUGGUGAUCAUUUCUUUUAUUCUCAUGACCUCAAUGUGUGAUUCAAGAAUGAUACUGUGAGGAGAAACUAGAGGCAGUCACUCUUAGGGGUUGAAAGGAUGACUUUUGUUAUUGAUUGUUAGACUCUUAACUCUCGAAGUGCCGCACACAGCCAUGUAAAAUUUAAUGGUCACCAGUGUACUGCCAGAGACCUCAACUAUCCAGUAGCUUUAUGUACUCCUUUUUCUUACCAUUUGUGAUAUAAUUUUAUGUUUAUUUGUGUUUUUAAUUUUAAACAGGGGCAUUUUUGACAUUUAUGUGAAAAUUGAGGGCAAUGAUAAACUGGUAGGAAUUGUUACUUGUAUUUUAGUGUACUUUUGUGAAAUUUUUUAGAAAUUGUGCGCUUCAAAUAAUAAACAGUAAAAUAUCUUUAAUUUACCUAGUUUUUGAAAACACCACCGACCAUUUUACAAAAAGAAAAAAAUGUAGAUGCAGAUUUCUUCCUAGUUAUACAGAGCUACAAUCCUAGCCAAAAUUGAUAGGAAAACACCCCUUUUUCCUCAUUCGCCUCUCAUAUCUCAUAUAAUUUGCAAGUUAAUUUCAUUUUCCUAACACACACACACAAAACCAAAAAAACUUGCCAAAAAUCCCCUCCCCCCCCACCCAUAGCUGCUUUGGGUGUUGAAAUUGAUACCCUAUCCCAAGACCAUUCAAGAGUGGCUGAAUCUAAACAUACAACGUAGAUGGAAUUGCUGUUGAAAAAGGAAUGUUUUGGCCAAGAAUCUAGGCACAAAUCGGCAAUCACACACAGCUGAACCUCUACCAAUAGAUACCUAGUUUUAGUCACAGUUGUACCAUCUUGUUUGUGAACAUUCUGGCCAUUCUCACAGGUGUUGGGGAUCAAUGUCAGUAUCUGAGCACCUACCCCUCCCUUAACCCAACAUUAACUCGAACUUGUUAUCUUUUGAUUGUUGUUGGGUCAGGGAAGGGGUAGGUGCUCAGUUGCUCAGAUACUGACAUUAAACUAAUGUUAGUUUAUAAGCUUUGAUGGUGAUGUGGAACAUUCACUGAAUUGUUGAAUAGUGGCAAUAGGACUGAGUGGAGUCAAAUUUGGUCUAUAAUGUAUGAAUGAGUAACAAAUUUGGAUGACUGCAAAGUAGGAGUUUUAUUUGUUAAAAACAAAUGUGAUUACAGAUAGAAACGGAAGACACAAAGUCCUGUUGCCAAUAGAUCAAAACUAUGCCAAUCACUUAGACAUUUUCAUAAGAAAAACAACAGUUAACUUGGCAGCAUGUGUGACGACAGCUCACACACUUUACAUGUACUGUUCAAUUUCCUAGGCAUGACACUUACACUGUCCAGUCACACUGUCCAAUUUCACUGUUCAAUAGAAAGUGAUGCAUAUACAUUGUGCAAUUAGUGCUCAAAUUAGGCUGGUGAUAACCAACCACACUCCAGAAUUUUGAUAUGUAGUGUUGAUCAACAGGUGGUGAUGCGAGGAGAAUUGCACUAGCAAACUACCCUUAGAAUUUAAUUUUUACUUUAAGAAAAAUAUAGUCUUCAAUGAGGUGUACUUAUUAUUUACUUUAACUGUUGAUAGGUUGGUGCUUACAAUGGAAAGGGAAGUUUUGGCGAACUUGCAUUGAUGUAUAACACACCAAGGUAACUUCAUACAUCAUCACAAACACUACAUAAAAUUUAUCAUCGGCAUCUCUUUGAGUAUUAACCCUUUACAUCCUAAGAUCAGCAUGCAUAUUCUUCAUACUGUUUUCUAUUCAACUCCUAAGGUGCUGACAAAGAGAAUAUGUUUAUCAGUCGAGAGAAUAUUUAGUUGGUGAUCAUUCCCUUCAUUCUCAUAACCUUACUGUGUAAUGCAGGGAUUAUGCUGUUGGGAGAAAUUAUAUGUUAGUCACUCUUGGGGGUUAAAGGAUUCAUUGAAUGUUGAAUAGGGAAGGCAGUGGAAUGAAAGUGGAUGGGUAGAAAUUAAAACCUAUGAUAAUCUGCAUGAUUUUGACGAGGGAGGGCUCAGUAUUCUCUUGGUGACAGUCAGCUGCCAUCUUUGAUUUUUAUGGCACGAAAGGAGUGAGCGACGGUCAAAAGGAAGGAGGGGGGGGAGGGGGAGGCAAUAAAUAUUUUUGCCUUUCCUUGCCACCUCUCCCACGGUCUACUUUAACUCUACAUCAAACAUGGCUGGUUGAAUAAACAAUUGUGAGCUUUUUUUAAAAUGUUAACUCUCCUAAAAAGAUGCCUGCGCUUCAGGCUAUACCAGUGGAGGACUUCUGAUUAUGUGGUUUGACCUGAGGCAUUUGAGAGUGUGAUUGCUCAAUAUUUUGGAGGUGAAAAUUGUGGCUGCCAUCUUUGAUUUUUACAGCAGUAGAAGGCUCAUUAGGGAGAGAAAAAUUUGUGUUUAAGGGGUGAGCAAUGGUGGACAGGAAGGAGAGGGGAGGGGUGGGGCAAUAGGAAAUCCCAAAAGGGAUUGUCAGAGAAAAUAAAACCCUGCGAGGAUCCUAAGAAAGUAAUUUUUGUGGAUGAGUGACAGCAAGGGUGCCCAUUAAACCAUUUUCUCUUUGCAGAGCGGCAACAAUAGUGGCAACUUCAGAAGGAAUUCUCUGGGCUCUGGUAAGAAAACAUGUUUUAUUUCCAUAAAUUUCAGUGUCUGAUUUUAUACUGAUAGCCUUGUAGAAGACUUGAUUGCCAAAACUUUGGGCUAAUGAAGUACUGGUUAUUUAAACAGGACAGAAAUACGUUUAGGAGGAUACUAUUAAAGGCUGCAGCCAAAAAGGUGAGUGCUGUACUAAAUCCAAAUAUCUGUAUAAUUAUGUUCUGAAAUCCUCUUAAUCCUUACACUCCCAAGAUCUAAUUAGUAAUUCUCCUUACUAUCUGCCAUAUAAUUCUCAUGAUGUUAGUUCAGAGAAUUUGGUAUCGGAUCAACUAAUAAUCCAAUAAUUGAUAUUAUUCUCUAUUCUCAUCACCUACCUGCUUGGUAUUGUAUAGAUAUUGUAAGGAGAAAUUCUGUCUUGGUCACUUGUGGGAGUGAAAGAGUUAAAUUCAAGAUGUCAUUCUUUCUUUUUGUUGGAAUUACUGUGAAAGCCAGAAAACCAUGAGUGCUUUGAUUUGAUUCUUAAAAGUCAGCUGUGUAUUUGCUGAUCACUGGCAAUAAAAUCCAGCACAUCUGCAAACCUCAAAACCACAAAAUAGUUGCUAUUGCUAUCUGUAGAUUAGUUUACUUGCUCCUCACUGGUGCAGUAUACAUGUGGACAUAUUACAGGUGUCUGUAGUUUUCAGCAUCUCAGUUUAUAAAAAUAUGACUGUUUCACUACGAUUGGUAUUAAAACCAUUAUUGUCUCAUUAUCACCUUUAUUAGUAGGGGUUUUAAUAAAUUUUACCAUAAGGGGCUGCUGAUGGUGUUCUUGGCGGCUGUGCCCAAAAAGGGGCCACAGGGCAAAACCUUAAUAUGAGAGCCUGUCCACAGGCUUAAAAGACAGUAGUGAGAGGUUUUUCAGGGGGCAGUAGACUGCUAUUAACCAGCUUUCACGGAAACUUCUGUUACAAGUCUUGUUAUUGUUGUAGUUAGUGUUUCAAGACUACUUUAUGAUGUAGGGAACAAUGCUAACAAGAUACCAUUCUCUUGGAGGUAGAGGUUCAGUCACUGUUAAGGGGUGAAUUUUUAAAACUUUCCUCUGCUGAAGUGACUUUAUACAACUGUAAAAGAUCAAUUUGUCACUUGAAUGUUUAACCUAAGUUUUGUUUUCUAUUUUCAGAGGAAAAUACAUGAAAAGUUACUAGAGCAAGUUCCCAUGCUGAAGGAAGUUACGGUAAGAACGUUUCCUCAUCCUCCUCAAUUUGCUUUAAUAGAACUGAUUGCUUAAGUGAGACUCUGUGAAAGAAUAAGAUUUUAAAGUUUCACAUCAAAUUGGAGAUAUUGUUUUCCCUUGUCAGAGACAAGUGUUUAAAAAAUGACUGAAAUUAUUUCAAGGUAAAUACCUCGGAUUUUUCCCAAAUGUCAGAGAAAAUCGAGUGAAAAGGAGUUUGUAGACUUUGUUUUCUAGUUGUCUUAAGCCUUAAAAGAGAUUUGUUGCGUGUAUCUCGAACACUGACUGCAGUUUGGUUUACUACUAAAAUCUUGAACCAGGAGCAUAGUCACUGAAACUGUGGCAGAGGUCUGUUUUGGGGAGAAACUAUCGGGAAAAUCUAAAUGUUCCGAUCAAUGGUACUAAUGAGUUGGUUUUGUGGUAAAUAGCGUUGUAUUUUCAUAAUUUAUCUUCAGGACUAUGAGAUCAUGAAUCUAGCGGAUGCACUUCAGUCCAGGACGUUCAAAGAUGGAGAUUGUGUGAUCCAGCAGGUAAGAGAAUUACAUAUAUUUAACCCAUAACACCCUGACAUCAGUAUGCAUAUUCUCCACACUGUCGUCCAUGUAUUCCUAAGGUACUGAUAAGGAGAAUUUGUAUAACGAUCUAGUGGUUCUUUAACUGGUGAUCGUUUCUCUUGUCCUUGUGACCUUGGUGUGUGUGUUUUAAGGGGUGAUGUUGAAAGGACAAAUUAGAUGCCAGUCUCUUCUAAGUGUAAAAGGGGUGAGGAAAGCUAUCAUGUAGUGAACAUUAUUAUAACCGUUUUUUUUUUCAAGACGACAUUAUUAGUUCGACUUUCAUAUAACUGCCAAUCUUUUCUGUAACUCAAAUCAUUAAAUCCGCUCUCUGUUAUGCACCGCUAGCCCAUAAUAUGCAUCCUUCGUGGGUCGAUUUUAAAAAGCAACCUUUCACAGGAGACUUUAACUGGUAGUCUCUUCUUUGCAGGGAGAUGAAGCAGAUUGUAUGUUCUUCGUAGAGAGCGGAGUAGCAUCUAUCAGGAUACGCAAUCAGGUACAGACUCCACCCUCAUCUGUUUUUCCAUUUUGAUUUGAAACACAAGAUCAUGACUUUUUUCCUGCCAAAAAAAAAAACAAAAACAAUGGAAGUAGGGAAGUUAGUUAGUCUAUUAAAGUAAGUUUGGUAAAGCAAUAAUCCUCGCAGGCCUCGACGGGAUUCAAUCCCGUGCCUCCCAGUUACUACUUUUGAGAUGUGUCCAUUUGUUAUCAGCUUUUGUCAUGGUUCAUGUGGUUUUCUCUUGUUUUCGUUUGUACCCAUUUUCGGCUGUCUUUAUUUUCUCUUACGUCAAAGACCUCUUAACUAUGCAUUUGCCGUAUUUUAGCCAUGACAUGAUGUCCUGUCUAUUUUGCUCCGUAGGAUGAUCCUACAGAAGAAGUGGAACUGACACAGUGUACAAAAGGGGGUUACUUUGGUGAACUGGCGCUUGUUACCCACAAACCACGUGCUGCGUCGGUGUAUGCAGUAGGAGACCUUGUCACUGCGGGUAGGCUGGAAAAUGUUAAUUAAAGCGCUUUUCGUUUAAAUUUUCCUAAAACAACAUUAGUAAAGUGGCCAAUCAGAAUAAAAGGAAGUAUUAUAACAACCCAAUGAGAACUCAAAUCGUGUUAGCUGUCUCAAGCGCGAGAAAACACGAAAAGCCGUGUAACUAUUGACUUGAGUUUGUUGUCAUUGGUGGAAAAGGUGGCACACGGUUUGCGGGCCAAUCACAGCGAAGUAAAACGAAACCAACACAAUCUCGGAUGAUUUUUAACGCUCGAUUGAAGAAUUCUUCGUGUUGCUUAGCGAUAUCUUGGGAAAGACAUUUACGGGAAGUUGCAGAUUACUUCAGUAAGCCCGUCACCAUCAACACUCCUACGAUACGGCCGCCAUCAUCACGGCAGUUAUUAUGUUGUAACUAGCAUUAACAGUAUUUCGAUGAUAAUUUUUGUUUGGAAGGUUUGCGUGAAACUGUUCUUGAGGAUGGGGAAGAAAUUUAAAAAACAGUGUAAGGAAAAAAAUGCACCAAAAGAAAUUCGUGCCAGCAAGAAACAAGCAGACAAAAAAUUCAUCCAUUGACGUUCAAAACCUUUAUUAAGGGAACGAAAAUAUUCGUGCAACAUUUCAUCAACAACAACAGCAACAGCGAAACCCAUGUCUAGAAACAACCAGAAUUUCCGUUUUUUCACCUUUUAAUUUUAUCAGUGCUCCAACCCUAAUUUGAUAAGGAAGUUGAAGAACCCUUCUUGAAGGAGCUAAAAAUAAGACUUCUUGUAAAGAGCUCAAACGUCUUCUUUUUUCUCCUUUUCUUUAGUUCUCGACGUGCACGCUUUUGAAAGGCUUCUUGGCCCUUGUAUGGAUAUUAUGAAGAGAAAUAUCGAUGGUUAUGAAGACCAGCUGAAAAAACUUGGCAUCGGGGGCACAGAACUACGGUGAAGUGCUUUGAAAAAGAUCAUGAUUUUAAAACUGCUCUAGGAUGGCCUUUUUUUAGUAACAUCUACCGUUUCUUUACCACUUCACCUUGUCAACAAUUUGUUUGGAGUUUCCAAGCGGGAAAAUUAUCUCUAUAUCCGAUUUUGUUCCGUUAAGUAUUUAAAAAAUGGUUUAAUCUUAGUUAUCGUGUUGAAAAAGAAGAAGAAAUGAAUUGAAUCAUAAUUUAUUGUUUUAUUGAAUCACUUUGUUACAUGUGAGAUAGAACGCACGAGAUACGUUUAUUACAAUUCUGUUGACUUGGAAUGUAAAUAAAACAUGUUUAUUAAAAAUAGCAGUUUUGAUCGUGUUUCGUACGCACUGGGCUCAGAGAUGUAAUCUUGUGCUUUCUCCUUCCAAGUAACUUUUUCUUGGAGUGUUUUUUGUUGAAAGAUUUUUUCUAAUGAGAAUUUUAACGUUUAAGAGUACAAACUGGGUUUGCGUUCAGUAAAGUGUUUGAGAGCACCUAAUGGGUCGUAGCUCGGAAACGCAACCUGAUAACUAAUUCGGAUCUACAUUUUAGGAGCCGUUGAAUAUGAGGUAAAGAAAAAUUCAUAACAGUGUUAUAGAAACACAUUGUUAAGGUACA